UUUUUUCCCGCUUUGCGACGGACUCGGCAUCAAUUCUGAUAGCUUCACAAUUGAGGGACCACGACCAAGAAUAAAUCGCAAGAGGCUUGGAGUAGAGCAAAGCGGCCAUUUCAAAAUCCUGCCACCUCCCGAGAACGUGCAUUACAACCGCUACCCUGUACCCUGCCCAACGCAAUCGCCUGAGCAUCUCGUUCCAGGAAAUCCAAAUCUACCCAUCUUAAGCUGCACCUCAUCGCCAGCAAAUCCGAAGUUGAGUUCACAACUUCUUCUCGAGCGGCAAUUUGCUUCUCCGCCUGUGCAACCCUACGUACAACAUACACCAUGCCUGCCUCCGUGCACUCCCAAGAUCAAGACCAGUCCAUGAUGGACGCCACCGCUGCGGCACCUCAAGAACAAGAACAGCAGGUUGAGCAAGAAGAAGUAUUGGAGGAAAAGCGGAUCACUGUCCUUCCCGGAGCUACCGAGACAGCGGCUUCUUUUCAGUUUGAAGGCGAGGGUCAUACAUUGGGCAAUGCGCUACGAUAUGCCAUUAUGAAAAAUCCUCAGGUUGAAUUCUGUGGAUAUACUAUUCCCCAUCCUUCCGAGACUAAGAUGAAUCUGCGCAUUCAGACUUAUGACACAACGAAUGCAGUGGAAGCACUGGAGAAGGGCUUGGAUUCCCUGAUGGAUCUGUGUGAUGUUGUUACGGACAAGUUUACCGCCUCUCGCGAUGCCUUUAAUGCUUCCGAGGCUGAUAAAAUGAGCUCUUAAAACUUUUACCAUUUUCUAACUUGCAUUUGCUCUGAUUUACUCGGUCUGGGGUGUUUGUAUGGCGUUGUGUACACUUAGAUAAAAGUUUUGCUGUUGGGUUCAGCAUUAUUUAUGCUCUUUCAGCAACUCAGCCAUUGUUAUUAUAGACUAUUGAUAUCACGCGCUAUGUAUUAAGAACAUAUGGGUUUGAU